AAUCGCCGCGUUUCCAGGGAUUACGCGCUCUCUGUUUUAGGGCCUCCUCAUUUGACCUAAUUCGUUAGGGCGGCGGGACGAAGAAGAAGAAGAUGAAGUGGAUCGGGAGGCUGGGGAGGACAUUUGGGGCGCCAUUCUUGCUCCUGGUGACUUCGAUCUACUGGACGCAGGGCUUUAGAUCGCUGGCAUGGAUGGGAGUCUCUUAUCAGAUGAAGGAUCAGCUCAAGCUCAGCCCUUCUGCGUCGCAGUUUGUCAUGUCCACUUCGUUUCUUCCGUGGAGCAUCAAGCCUCUGUAUGGGAUUUUUUCCGAUUGCGUUCCCAUCUUUGGUCGACGACGCAUCCCAUACCUGGUCAUCUCCAGCGUCCUGUGCUUUGUUCCAUGGCUUGUCCUCGGCGCCGUGGAGUGGUCCAGGUCCUCUUACAUUUACUUGACCGUUCUCCUGACGAUCCAGAAUUUUGGAGCAGCUAUGGCGGACGUGGUGGUGGAUGCCAUGGUUGCGGAGAUGGCCAGGAAAGAAAGGGCUGAGUUCGCAGGAGAGCUCCAGUCCAUGUCGUGGCUAGCGAUGGCUUUCGGUGGGAUUUUGGGGAGUAUUGCCGGCGGGGUGGCGUUGGACAGACUUCAAGUAAGUGGGAUCUUCAUGAUGUUUGCGACGUUCCCGCUCGUCCAGCUUCUCUCCUGCGCGUUUCUGGACGACAGGAAGCUGGGAAAUAGUGUUGGAGAGAUAGCAAUAGUCGAGAGCCCCGAGGAAAAGCUCGAGGCCAUCGAUGGAAAAACAGAAAGUGUAGAAGAACAGGGGAUCCAGGACACAAAAAGCAGUUCGCCAAACGAUGUGAACGAAGCAUUAGAUGAUCCAGAAUCCAAAAGUCUUCGCAGAAGAAGAGGGAGCUUAGACAGGAAAGAAGUUGAAACUGAGGAGGAAAUGCGCGAGGAGCAAAACAAGACAAGUCCUACAAUAAGAGGCGCUUGUCGCUCUUUGUAUCAAGCAGUGAAGCAGCCUUCGGUUUUCCGGCCAAUGCUGUGGUUUUUGAUAUCGCAGUCAGCGGUUCCAAAUUUGUCAACGAUUAUGUUCUACUUCCAGACCAAUUCUGUGAAGCUGGACGCGUCUUUUUUGGGAACCAGCCGUGUAGUUGGCUGGGGAGGACUCAUGCUAGGCACUUUUCUUUACAACCAUUACUUAAAGAGAGUAUCACUCAGGAAAAUUUUCAGGCUGGUUCAUAUUGGUCUUGCCAUUCUUACGUUGAGCGAUGUGGUUUUUGUAUCUCGCCUCAACACACGCAUGGGAAUUCCCGACAAAGUUUUCGUUCUGGGGGCAUCCGCUGUUGGAGAUGCUGUCAAUCAGUUCAAGUUUAUGCCAUUUCUGGUGUUCUCCGGUCAGAUAUGUCCUCCCGGAAUCGAGGGAACUUUGUUUGCACUGUUCAUGUCAAUCAGUAACUUGGGAGGUACCAUAAGUUCUUUUGCAGGUGCAGCUUUGGCGUCUGCAUUGCAAAUCUCGUCGCAAGAAUUUGGCAAUUUGUCCCUUGGGAUUGUUAUUCAGGCUGCAUGCACACUUCUUCCCGUUUUACUCUUGGGUUUAAUACCUGAAGAGGCAACAGGAAUGGCCCUUACACACAAUUCUUAAAAGAGAAUAUGUAAACUAAUACAAAUAAAAGCAUGAAUAUUGUCAGCAUUGGAUAUCA